AUGUUCAGGAGUGACAGCGCCGCCGAUAGCCGCCAUGUUGAAAACUUUUGUGGAGUCAUCGUUAGUGUGCAUGUGCUAAUAAGGAAAAACCGCUGGAAGCAAGUGGGCUCUUGGACCCAGCCCCGACCCAGCCCCUCUCUCUGCAUUCCUUGUCAUCUCUAAAGAUGGCGGAACAUUUUGAAUUAUUGUCUUCCUUCGUGGUUUUAGACUCCAUCCCCGUCAAGAAAUACCGAUCUAAGAGAACAGGCAUUAAUUUUUGCUUUGCCGAAGUGCCUGGUCCACUCGUAAAUGGGUUUCUUUGCCUUGGUAAGUGAUCUCUUAAUAAAUCACGGCACGUACGUAUCAGAUCAAUGGCCAUUCUGUAAGCUUUCAUGUGAGACAUUCUUAAAACACCUGGUACAUGCAUGGACUGCUGUUUUAUUUGCGGUCGGAGAAUAACUGUGGCGGUUCUUUUUUAAAGUUAUUGUGAGUACUGUUAUGUUCUGGUGCAACUGUUUGCAAAGUUAAACUCUUCGACAGUAGAUAUGCCCUCUAGGCGGGGGUCGGGCCUGUAUUAACCGAGUGCAGUUGGUAACUAUGACAACCAGCAACCAUGUGGGAGUCAUUUACUCAGGCACUAGGGAGCUUAAGUAACGAUGAGGAUGAUGGUAGCAAAAAAGGUCUCUUAACAAUGAAUUCUCGCUGUUUUGAAAUUCAUCACUCUUCUUCCAUGUCGUUCAACUUGUCAAAUAUUGGUGAAUUUUUUUCUGGAGUUGAUUUCUAAAGGAAUGUAUCCAAAUUUAAAAUAAGAAUAAGAAAAUAAAUGUGUUGUGUUCACCUCCUUCAGAGAAUGUGAAAUACGCCACUUGCACAUCUCCCAUAAUGCACCUUAUUUGCCCCCAAAAUUGAGCUUUGGUUUUCAUUUCUCUUGGGUAUUACAGCCGUCCCAAGAGAAUAACAGGGCUUGUGCAAAAUUUGGGGGCAAAUAAGGUGCAUUAUGGGAGAUGUGCAAGUGGCAUAUUAGGCAGUUUCAUAGUGGCAAUGUUGUACAACAAUUGCAAAGAAAUGUACAAAAAAGCAAAAUACUUGUGCAAAGUUUUUUUUGCUAAUCUAUGUGUAAACCUAUUGCUUUUAUGGUGUUCUUAUUGCUGUUGUUGUAGUUGUUGCUCAAGCUCCCUACUGCUACACUGCUAACCACUGGAAAAUUGGUACUAACAGGCAGGUUAGACAAAGAUUAAAAAAUUUAAAAUCAUGUGCAGCAUGAAGCAACAUGAGCAAAGUCACCCGACCCCAACAGCUUAGCUUUAAAAUAAAAUUCCAAAACCUGCUGUCUGUGAUAAAGCUAUACCACCACCCCGGACAAUGUUAUGGAAACAGAAGAUUGCUGCUUUGCAUUGUCUUGACUUUAACUUUGCCUACUCAUUUAGCCGACAUUACAGUUGUGUGGGUACAAGAUUAUAAUGUAAAAAUUUCUUCUCUUUCUUUUAAAUUUUUCAUCAGCCACUGAGGCUCAUGAUGAUGAUGGGUUACCACACACCUUGGAACACCUGGUCUUCAUGGGAAGUGAAAACUACCCUUACAAGGUACCUGUAUAUAUUGCAAGAAGUAAACAUUAAACUGAUAUGUACGUGUACAUGUAUCUUGCAUCUGAUGAUUAUAUCUUAUUCAACCAUACAUAGCCCAAGCUUGAAAUAUGGUCGAUGAACAUCGGCAGUGUUCUGUAAGAUUAAAAUCGUAAGGAUUUGUUUGGGGAAAAAACUACUGUUUCAGCUGUAACCUUCAGGUAUGAAGGGAUUUCAAUAUAAAAAUGGUUUACCUUGCUUAAAUUGUGUGUUACAUUUUUCCUAAGUUGUCCGCAAGCCAUUAAUUUAAAGGCGGUUAUUUUUAUUGGUUUUAAUGUAACUGGUUUUCUCUCUCCAACUAAUAAAAUCACCACAGCUUAGCACAAUAAAUGUGUUGCUGUCUUUUUUCUGAUCUCUUCCCUACCUUCUUUUGCUUUUAUGUUUCUUUUAUAUUUUAUAUUUCUGAAUAUUUUUUCUACUACAUGUACAUUACAUCUUCUGUUGACACUGCAGGGUCUUUUGGAUUUACUAGCUAACAGGUGCCUGGCACAGGGUACCAAUGCCUGGACAGCAACUGACCACACAGCUUACACAAUGGAAACUGCAGGCAGUGAGGGAUUCUUAAACCUGCUUCCUAUCUAUCUGGAUCAUGUUUUAUACCCAACUCUUAAAGUCAGUAAUCCACAGUGUAGUGAAAAUGUGUUUUCACUCUACCCUUUGGAUCAAUUUAUGUUUUUGGGAAACUGCCCAUAUACGUACAUGUACACCAGGGGUGGAUCUAGGGGGAGGGUGCAGGGGGUGCACCCCCCCCCCCCCACGAGAUGACCUGCGGUUUUCUAAUACAACUGGUAUUCUGCAAAAAAAAACUAUGUGGUUUAUUGGUGUUGAAGUAGAGCAAGAGACGAGUGUACCCCCUCCUAAAAGAAAUCCUGGAUCCACCUCUGUACACCUUCCCUUAGCCAACAUUUUGCCUUAGGUGAGAAUUAUGGGCUAAUGUUAGCUUAGGGGAGAGGUAGGUUGGCAGUUUCCCGUGUACGUACACUGUACCUACAUGUACCAUAGUUUAAUUUUCAAUUUGGUUUUUAAUCAUAACUAUAACAAAAUUGUCAAAUCUGAUUGGGUAUCAACUGCCCUGAUCUCAGCCUUAAUUGGACAGUUUAAUAGGACAGUACGCGUCAUUCCUUAGUAAUUGGACAGUACGCGCCAUCACCCACGCGCUUAAAUGGCUUUUUGUUUCACUGCUAGCAAAACAAAAUUUCGAAUUUCUUGUGUUUUGAUUUAAAAAAUAGCCUAUUAUAUCACAAAUUUUGUUAAAGUUAUGAUUAAUUGGUAACAGAACUUCGUGUCGUCCAAUUCGGUCUGUAAUCAUACUUGUGAUUAAACAAAUUGGACUCUGGACGCUAUGCUGUCGUCCGAUUUUGUUAAUCUCUCGUAUGAUUACAGACCGAAUUGGACUCCACUUAGUCCUGUUACCAUUACUAAUCUUUAUGCAGAUAGGAAAAUAAUGUCACUGAAUGGAUAUACCAUAUUUCCCAAGUAAUAUAAUAAUAGUAGCCGUCUCUCCAUUAAUUGUCUCCCUCGAAUAAUCCCCCCCCCUGCCACUCCUUUGAUCUCGUCGCCAUCUUCUCUUCCUUUUAUCCCCUCUCUGUCAAGAUGAAUUGCAAUGUGAUCCAGCAAAACUGAUCAGUGAUGAUUCAGCUAUGAACUAAAUUUGGAACACUUAAAAAGCCCAUGUUCAGUUUAUUUGUUAUGAUUAUUUUUUUAAUUAAUGGGAAAAUAAAACAAAAUAUUUAGGGCAUGACUUCCAGUGAGCAUUAAUUAAUUUGAAAUAAUUGCCUCCCUCGAAUGAUCGCCUUCCCUCGAAUAACAAUCGCCCCCUUUUUGUGUAAAAAAAGAAAUAAUCGCCCCUUGCUAUUAUUCAUGGAAAUACAGCAGUAAGGUUUUUUCUUUUUGUCGUAACUUUACAACACAGGCAUUAUAUUGCAUUAAUUUGUAGUGCUCCCAGCUCUCCGGUCCCCCAGCUCUUCCAAACUUCUGCCUUGGUGACAGGCAGUGUCUUUCACUUUCUAGGAAUCUGCAUACAUAACAGAAGUUCACCAUGUAAAUGGAGAGGGUGAAGAUGCUGGUGUUGUUUAUUGUGAGAUGCAAGGAAGAGAGAAUAUGGAAAGAUCUUUGACAUUCUUGAACUUUACUCGGGAAAUGUAUCCUGGACAUUGUGGCUAUAAGGUACAGUUUAUGUGUUAAAAGCCUAAUAGGCCCAUGUUACAGGUCAAAAUUAAAUUCAGGUUAACAUUGUUUAACCUACAAUCUUGGACAAAACUUGAUAAAAUUACAUACUUUGAGAGCAUUUUUCUAGACAUCGUAGCUGUAGUGAUUCUUCCCUCCCCCUCCCCCUGGAAUCAGUGUUGUUGUGUCUUUAAAAGAAAGCCUGAUCCCUGGGCAUUUGUAGGAAGCAACUUUGAACUGGGGGAAGGGGUUUACUUUACGCAAAGCCAUUGAUGUGGAAACAGUUUUGUUGCGUAAGGUAGUGCCCAUCAACAAAAAAACAUUCUCAAGUAGUUUUGUUCGGGAUUGUAGCUUGACUCUUAAUUUCCUUUGAUUCCAAGCGACCAUUCUUCAAUAAUAAUAUUAUUAUGAGGGUGGGAGACAAAGGGAAUUGAGAAUCAACCUAGGUUAAGAAUUUAAAUCUGAAGUUAAUUUUGACCCGUAGCAGUAACCCACAAUAUCUUGGGACAAUGUGAUAUGAAACUUUUCAAGAACAGUUACUUUAGUAACAACAGUUUCCACCUGUUACACCCUAUGUUGGCUUGAGUCAAAGCUUCUUCCCUUAAAUUUAGAUGAAAAUUAACAGUGAAAUUUUUAAAAUUCUACUUGUUUUUACUAAAUAGGCUUAGUUUCAGUUUUUAAUAUAACUUGCCAUUAUGAGAAUUUUUCCCUGUAAGCACCUUAGUUACAGUAAAAGGCUUGACUUCUGCCACUCUGUGUAGGAACCUGGGCUUAUUUCGCGAACAGCGGUUUGUAAUUUUAUUAAACCUAACACCAUAGUAAAUCUUAAAAUUUUCUUGACCUUUAAGGUGAUGUUACACAGGACAAUUCGAAAUGUCGAUUUUUAGCGCAACACAGCGUUGCAAUGUUGGAACAGUGUUGUAACUAUUCGAAACAAUGUCACAGGAAUGUUGCAAUUCUGUGACGUUGUGCAAAAAGUCUUCAUUGCUAAUAGUCUUGUGUAACAUCAUUAAAUAAUAAUUAGUAUUGAUAGUAAUCAGCCACUAAUUUCUCCUUAAAAGUGUUAGUACCCACCUGUAUACAUAUGCCAGCAGAAAGGUUACAAGGAAUUUUAUCAACUUUUCUCAUAGUCAGAGACUGGGGGAAUUAUGGAAAACUUGCGCACAACCUGUAGUCAUGCUAAGGUAUGCAUUUCUUAAUAGUUUAUUAUCAAUUUUAAAGGUGAAACUUUCUGGAAACAGAAAGUAGCUUUGGUAUUCAGUCUAAUGUCAGAAUCAUUGAAAGGCAGGUUAAUAAGAAAAUUUGACAGUUUUUUGGGGCACAAUAAAAACUAACUGUUAUUAACAGUAAUUAGUGUUAACCCAAUAAAGGUCUAUCUUAUCUUUUUAUCAGAAGUUAACUCACUUGGAGCAUUUUUCCUUUUGGCACCUGUUUUCAUUAUUAUGUAACAAUGAAGAAGAUAUUAGCCUUUUAGGUUACCCUGAAAUUUGAGCAAAAAAAAAGUUCAUGUAUGCAUGUACAUUGUAUGUAUGUAGGUAUGUGUAGUAUUGAAUGUGGGGGUGUGUGUGUGUGGGGGGGGGGGGUGGAUUUUGAUGUUUUUUAUUUAUUUUUUAUUGUAUAAUAUAAAAAAAAUUGAUGAUUUAGUUGUUUAUAUUAUUAUGAUGAAUAGAAAAUUUAUUUUGUUGGGUGUGUGGGGUGGGUGGUGUUUGGGGUUGUGGGUUGUGGGGGGGGGGGGGUGGGGGGGGGGGGGGGGGGGGGGGUGGGGGGGGGGGGGGGGUACUCUGGGGUCUUGGUCAUAGGGACAUGCAAAGGAUUGUUUUGAGAUUGAAAUUAAUGAUUUCUGCCUUUUUCUUGUAAGAACCUUAGCUAAUAUUUCUUGGGCAGUAUAGUUUGACCAGGGAUUCUUUUGGGUAUUCAAAAAACUGUGAUGAUUUACCGCAACUGCAUUGCAUUAUAUUGCUUCCAUUCUCGAGUCUUUCUGGGCAUUUUUACAGUUGAAAAUCUGGUGUGGGAUUUGUGGGGGUUAAAUUUUUCCCAACGCAUGAGUAAGGGUUUGUGUGGAUUUUAUUUUGUUGUUUGAUUCAACAGGUUCGCAGCUAUCAUCAGCAAUUCUAUCGACCAGAAAACUUGUGUGUAAUCAUUACUGGGCAAAUUGAUCCAGUCAAAGUAUUUCAGACUGUCAAGUCUUUUGAGGAUAAGAUUCUUACCAAGGUAAGAUCUAUUUCUGUUUACAUUCAUUGAAAUUGAAAGUAAUAAGAUUAUUAAAAAGACUAAGUUGCCAGUUGAGGAUGGGUACCCCAUUGCCCAUGGGCUGAAAAUGCGGAACCAAACCCUGUCCCAUAGUAUACCAAUAACCCCCGCAGACCUGUCCUAUUGGCAACCCAGCCACCAGCCUCAAGCCUACAAUCUUGAAAAAAAAUGUUAAAAAUCUGAAAGAUGGACGUUGCCUUGUAAUGUUCCAAAAUGAAGUCCUUUAAUGUAAUAAGAUAACAAAUAAUUCUCCGCCCCCCGCAAAAUAAAACAGUACCCUUGACUGAACAACAUUGAACAGGGUGGAGUGGGGAAGGGGUCAUUGUGGUACUUACUGUUGAUAAGAACAUGCACUUUUCGUUCAAGGUUGUAAUAAUAAAUCACGUUCAUAACAGUUGUCCAUUUGAUUGGAUUUAUUGUUAUUGGUCACCUCUAAUGAAGCUAAAAAAAAAUAUUAUUGGCAAUAUUCUAAACGAGCGAAGAAAUGGUACAACACCAGCAAGCUACAGAUGUUCUCAAAGUCGUUCAGACUGAAGAAGACAUGACUGGUGCAUAAGAUUAGUUACAUUCUGAAACUGUUAUUGUAGUAAAGGAACACAGCAUUCGUCAUGCGUCAUGCUGUCCCUCCAAACAAACCCAGGAAGCUUUUUGGUUGCAAAAUACCCAGUUUUUCACUCAUUUCGAACCUGGUUAAUUACAGGUGGAAUUACACGUUGAGAUACAUGUACAUGUGUACCUCCUCAGCAAAAGCUGAUGAAACUUGGUGUCCUGUGUUUUUCUUCACAGAAAGCCCAACAUAAUUACAUGUAUAUGUUUUUUGUUGGAAGUUUUCAUUAUUCUUGUUGCAUCAAACACCAUGCAGGAAUUUUGUAAAUCUAGUUUGUGUGCCCGAGAGGGCAGGAAUGUUUUGUCUGUGAAAUAUAAAUUUUGUCGUCCCUCCUUUUAGAAAACAUUGCCUCCUUACAAGAGACCAUGGCAAACUCCUGUCCCACCUCUUAGUGAUGCUGUAGAAAAGGUUGUCAGGUUCCCAACGGAAGAUGAAGAAUCAGGUUCUGUUCUCUUAGGAUUCCGAGGGCCAAUCUGUAGUGAUCGUUAUGGUAUGACUGCUCUGUCUGUCAUACUAGACUAUCUCACUGAUACCCCAAUAGCUCCACUACAGCGUGAUCUUGUAGAAAUUCCAGAUCCUUUUUGCAGCGACAUUUCCUGUGAUAUUUUGGAGUACUUGGAAAGCUGUUUGGUGAUAAAGGCAAAAAAUGUGCCAUUUGGAAAGCUAAAUGCCACUAAAGAAAAGAUCAAGGAAGUUUUGGGAAAUCUUGCAGAGGGAAAAGAAGUGAUUGACACGAGUCGCAUGGGUGUGGUCAUUCAUCGCAAAAUUCUGGACACAAAGAACAAUUUUGAGAAUCACCCUCAUGACACCUUUGCAGAUGCUAUAGUCGGUGACUUUUUGUAUUCCACUAAAGCCGAAGAUCUUCAUUCGAGACUUGGGAUAAUUCAGGACUUGGAAAAGCUUCAAAAAGAGACAGUGGACUAUUGGGUAGCAGUUUUGAAGAAUUACUUUAGUAAAUCAUCUUCUAGUGUUGUGGUAAGUACAUGCAUAGAAUUGCAAAAAUGCACCUAUUUAUUACCUACAACCCCGGUCAAAAAAACUUGGAACACUUCCUAUUUUUUGGGCAUGCUCAGUGCAGCCCCUCGCCCCCGUGCAGUGUUGUUAAAAAGCGCAGUGUGGGAAAGUUUGAGCGAUUUUGAACUUUGUGAAGAGGGGAAGCGGGGAAAAUCGACCAAGGGUGUUCCAACUAUUUUGUUCGGGGUUGUAGCUUAGGCUGUUCCAGGCUCCAAAAUAGCAAUGUGCAGAGAUCAUAGCAGCUGAUAAGAAGAACGUGCGGGGACUGAGGAGCCGAGAGAAGGUCUUGUUUUCGUGACGUCCCUACUAUCUGUUAGUCUCCUUCGCAGCCGUUUUUUGGAUGUCACGCAACGCUCAUUUGCACAGUGGAACCCGAUUAAUACGGACAGCGAGGAGACUUGCCAUAGUAUCCGUAUUAUCCGAGUGUCAGAAAAAAAACUGGGUCUCAGAAAAAAGGUCACGAACACGUAUUUGUUAGAUAAAAAGACUAAAGCAGACAGUGUUACGAGAAAACCUUGCUUAUUUUCUGAACUGAAGUCUGAAACUUUAACAAGUUCAUCCUAGAGAAACCUCAAUAUCAUUUACCAUUGUCUCGGACUAAAAUUACCUCUAGUUUUAAGUACUGUUCUUGAAACACGACAAUGGAAUUUGUGACUUUGUACUGAUUUUUUUAGUUUGCACUCAGCCAGGUAGACUGAACAUUAGACAGGACCUUUGAGAGUUUCUCUACAGUUUCUGUAAGGGUUUCACUGGUAAGAUAUUCAGUCAUAGACAGUGCGGUAGAUAGACAGUGUCCGUAAAGCACGGUUGACAAUAUCUACGAGUUUACGACUUGAGAUGCGGGAAAUGUCCUUCGUCCGUAUGGGUGUCCGUGUUGAGCGGGUGUUCGUAAAGCGGGCUCCCCCUGUAUAUUGCAGAUAAUUGGAGAACCCAGUUCUAAGAUGAUGACGGAGAUGUCAGAGACUGAGAAAAAGAGAGUUGCAGAGCAAAUAGCAACGCUUGGUGAAGAAGGAUUGAAAAGCAAGAGACAGCGACUGGAGAAAGCAACGGACGACAAUGAGGUACACUGUAGUUCUGUUGAAAUGUUUUUUAGUUAUUCUUUUUCAGGCUUCGUCGUCCUACAAUAUGUUUCUGUGGACGUCGCUUGACGUAAAGUCUUUCCCAACGACUGCGUAUGAGCGCACUUGUUGCACCAAAAUCUAUUCGCCACAAUCGACUACAAAGCAGACUGUCCCUUUCCCUUUUGGCAUGAAGUGCCGAAUCAUGAAUUCUCGCUUGCGAAACAGUAGCCUGCGAGCAAGCUCUCCAAUCUCCUUUCGCGAGGGGCUCUCGCGUGACUUUCCCAAAUGGAGCGAACCAGUCAUGAGCCACAGCCACAUGUGAGCUCUCCCCAGUUUCACUCUCUCUUUUCACCCUCGCCCCAGACCUUUCAUUUGAAGAGAGCUCAGGUUCUUCACCAUUGGCAACUGAUACCGGGUAUGUCACACGAGGAAAACUAAGGCUGCAAUCGGUCCUCACCACAUACCUGCCUAACGCUUCCCCAUUUAAGUGUGACGCUUUAAGGAGCUGUGUCUCGGCUGUCUUGCUCUUCAAGUUUGUCCAUCCUUGCCUCCUUUGGCACAAUCUCGUUCCCAGAGGCCGCGAUCCUUUUGUACAGCGACGGAGAUCAUCCGCUGGACAAAAGGCUCUGGGGACGAGAUUGCCUUUGGUGGCCUCUUUUUGUAUCUGCUGUGUUAUUUAUACCUUCUUUUCAGGUUUUUAGCUGAUAUUUUUAUGUUUUACUCAGUCUGGUGGCAGUUGCCUUUGUUUGAAUUUUGAUAAAUUUCGUGGCACAGCUCCUUUAAGUACUUGCCUAUGUCAAGUAAUAGAAAACAGUGAUGGUUUUUUGUAAGGUUUUACAUUUAUUUUUCAUGUUUGGUCUUAACUAUCAUUGAUAACCUUGACCUUUCAGGUCGCUCCUCCUCCAGAAGUAGUCACCAGUCUCCCCGUGCCAUCAACCUCCAGCAUCAGUUUUCAUCCAAUCAAGAUGUUCAGCAACAGGAGACAAGAUGGCUGUAGUCAUUCUGAACCCGAGGCAGUCAAGUUCCCUGUAAGCGAGAUUCCUUAUGCAUUCCAACUUGAUCACGUGUCGACGCUGUUUGUCAAAGUAAGUACCAUCCAAGGAUUAUCGCGCUUAUUAGAGUGGUUUUCGUUUGAGUGUCGUAAAACCAAAACCAAAGUAAUUACUCUGGCCAAUCACAUAGGACACAGACAAUACAUUGAACCAAUCAAAACUCGAAGUAAUUACAUGUGGCCGACGCAAAGCGCGGGAAAAUGCAUGCGAGCGCGUCACAAUUGGUUUUGGUUUUACUUCUGAUUGGAUGAAAAGGUGGCGCGAAUCUUUUAAGCCAAUCGCAUCGUGUAGAAAGUGCAAAACCAAUUACUUUUCGACACUCAAAUGAAAACCGCUCUAAAAGCGAAGGAAGGAAAAUCGCUUAAAGCGGCUUAGCUUUUACAUUCUUUUGUACCCAAGAGCAGCAAUUUGGGACGCAGCAUCCACAGCCGAGAUCAAUGCAAGCACAGUCUCAUCCAUAAACAGCUCAUGAUCACGUGAUAUCAAUUAGCCAAUUGGACAGCUACGUUCAAAACAUAAACGGGAAAGAGCACGAACAGGGUGUGUGGAUAGGCGUUACUUUUUCGGCUCCCUCCCCCGUCGCGCGUGUCUCGCGUUCCUCUUUCGCUUCGCGUUUGCCUUCGCUUGCCUGAAAAACGCGAUAAAAAUAACGCUUGUUCUGCGGGUUAAUUUGACUCACUCACGGCCACACAUCACUUAAUAGACUGGGAGAAGUCUCUUAGUGUUAGUGAUUAGUACGAGCGCCGAGGUCACGUUACGCGUGAAGCGAGGGCAGCUGCCCGAGAAGAAACCCUCGUCCCGCACCCUCCAAAAUAUGGAGAGAUCGCGGCAAUUGUAUGAAAAGUAUACUUUGAGAAGCCUAUUUUUUUCAGUCAGUUGAUUGGAUGCUUAUUUAGACUCGAGAGAGCCGACGGGUCGCUCGCUUGAUUUAAUCGCCCGCACGACCAUCCGCGGGACUGUUCGUAGUCUCUACGGAAAUGAUCCUUUAGAUAGAACUGAGGUCUAUCCCAGAGAUCGUUGUUCCAACAAUCGCCCAAGUGUUGUUUCAUCGAGGGAGAACCCUUGGUUUCAUAUAAUCGCUACUGUAGUUAAACUUUUUCAUUGAUCGUAUUACUUUUUGGAGCAAGUGCAGUCCUUCGAAAAGCGCUUCGAGAAGUAAAUCUUCCUCUUUGUUUUUGUUCGUUUUCAGCUUAGUGUUUUGAUGGAUACAGCAAGCAUACCAGAGGAGCUCAAGCCCUACCUUAGCCUCUACCUGGAAGUUUUGUUUGAGUCUCCGGUAUUGAGAGAAAAUGGUAUGCGAAAUUAUCUCUCUCUUAGCACAAUUUGGCUCCUUCAUUCGCUUGCAUGCUGUCUGUAACCUUUGUUUUGUCAUCAUACAGUUCGCAGCCAAAUAUAAGUAGAGAACUGGCACGCUAUACAGAAAACUAGGCCUAUUCCGCAGGGGCUUAAUCGAAAACGUGUCUUGGCAUAAAUUGCAUUCCAAGACCAUUGCUUCUUCCCCUGGAUGGAUACUAGUUUAUCACAGGGGUACCCCAAGCAGUGUGUUGGCGGAACCUCUUUUUUACACUUAAGUGGAGAGAGACAAAGUGGAGCAAAGCUUUUUGCCCUGAGGCAACAAUACACGGACACUAUUUAUACUAACUAGUCUCCUUCGCAUCCGCUCUGGCCGGAGUCACGCAGUGCUCUGCACAUGCCCAAAGCCCGCGCCAUAUACGAUUCGUGAUAGGGACCGCUGGCCAGCAUCGUCUUGUGUUUAACCUCGCCUAAAUUAUAUUGAGCCUUAUGUUAGGGGAUGUUUGCAUGGAGGCAGGAAGAUCCUAGCAGCAAGAAGAUCCCAGAAGGUGGAUCAUCCCAGCGCCGUAUGUUUUCUGUAGUCUGUUUACAUGCAAAGGGUUGUACUUGUGUCUAGCGCUAGGAUCUUCAAAACUUUCGGCUAGGAAGAUCCUAGCUUCAUGUAAGCUGCCUUCGCUAGGAGCAUCCUAGUAUUACGGAGAAACCAAACAAAAAUGGCGGCGGAUCUUCAGUGGCUAAUCACGGCAAUAAAAGCCGAUCAUUUCGUUUGGCGUUGCGAAGAGCUCAUUAUUGGGAUAAUUCUGCUGAAAGGUACUGCAGAAGAGCCCAAAUUGCAGUUUUCUUUUUGUCGCCCGCCAUUUUUAUUCCUUCUCUAACCUUCUCUACUUUGGCACCACAUGGACCGAAAUCUCUGCCUGUAAACCCAACGGAAAUUUAUUCCGCCUUCUAGGAUCAUUCUGGAACUAGGAUCUUCCCCUCUCUACAUAAACAGCCUCUUAACCUUACUCUUAAGAGUCCGUAACCAUAAAUAUCAGUUUAAUUAUGAAGUGAUGUUUCACCUCAGGUCUUGUUCCGUUUGAGCAAGUCGUAGCAGAGCUGGCUGCCGACACUCUUAGUCAAGAGUCUUGCUUAGGACUGGAAGGAAGAAGGUUCAUGCCUGACGAGUUUUCACAACUGGCUUGUGUGUCACUUAAGGUGGGACUUCAUAUCCGCACUGAAUAACUCCUUUAUUUUCAGCUAUCUUAUUCAGCCAUGAAAAUUAAUUCGAAUAACGUUUCCUGGACUAUUUUGUACAAAAUUACAUUUUUAGACAGGAUACAAUAGAACAGCAAAGCCCCCUUCCCCCCAAAAUCAAUAGUGAGUUUACGCAACAGGACGGGGGAGGAAAGAAGACGGCAAACCUUGUGUGACAAGCGUGACAAUAAUUUGGUUUGAAAAAACUUUCCGCCAAACUUCACCCUCCUUUAAAUAGAUCUUGCUGUAAAAGACCAGAAAACAUUUAUGUAAGUGAAGAUCAUGACAAAACACGCAACUAACAGCCCUGUCACGUUUGUUACCCACAGGCGUUUUGGCGUCCUCUUCUUUCUGCCGUCCUGUUGAUUAAACUCAGUAGGGAGCUUUAGCAACGACGACGGCGACGACAACGAGAACGUCAAAACAGCAAGAGGCUUAUUAAGCAAAACAACAAAUUUGCACGUGCAUCACGCUUUUCUUGUACAUUUCUCUGCCGUCUCUCCACGACUACGACGUGAAAAUGCAUAAUUUCACGUUUUAUGGAGGACGUAAUUAGCAACGACGAAUUUUUUUUUCUCUUUCCAAACUUCAGUGCGGUCCCAAGAAAUCAACUCCAGGGAAAUUCGCCCACUUUUGACAUUUCAGGCGCACUGGAAUAAACGCGGAAAAGUUUGAAAAACGCGAAUUCAUUUUUAAAGUGACGUUUCCGCUCCUGUCGCCGUCGUCGGUGCUAAAGCUCCCUAUCCUUGAAUAGGAGAACCGAAGGGGGGCGGGGUUAAAUUUUCCGCCUAUUUUGAGACUGCAGCCGUAUGAAUUUUGGAUUUGGCCCUAUGUCUUAAUUGUUUAUCUCUGUAAUCAUUUAUAAUUAGCAAGUUGUAAGUUCUGAUAUCUCGAUACAGCGGCCUAGUGGAUAACGCAAGUAAGCGUUAUUGCCCCUCUCUCCUCCUUCCCCUGUAAUUCAUGUGAUUAACACGUGCUCUGCCCGCAACCCAUAGCUUGAAGUUGAGAAGUAUGAGAAGGGAGUCAACUGGCUUCACGACCUGCUUUACAAGACUCAGUUUACUAAAGAGCGGCUGGAAAUUGUGGGCAAAAAGAUGAUGAAUGACGUUGCCAGGUGAGGCUAGUCAUAGUGGAUACAGGCUUUAAAGCGGGGUGAUGAUGAUGAUGAUGUUUUAUGAUGGUGAUGAUAAUAAUGAUGAUGAUGAUGAUUUUGAUGACUCACAAGACAAUUAUGAUAGCAAUGACUAAUACUAUUAUCGUUGAGGUUAAUGAUGAUUUUACAGGUCAAAUAUGAUUUCUCUUUAAAAUUUUUUUACCCAAGUUGAUACUCAAUUGUCUUCUGAUGACAGCAAUGAUGGUGUACAAUUAUCUCCCGAAGGGGAGGUAAAUAGUGAUAGAUAUACCGAGACGCGAACCAUUGAGUUAUAUAUCUAGCACUAUGCACCGACCCUGAGAAGAAUAGUUGUUUCUUGUUUUUGUUUUUGAUGUUUUUUUUUUACCAAUAAGUUGGAUGAAAUUGAUCAAGUAGUUUUGGUAAAUAAAAAGCGUCACUUAGUAAGAGCUUUGUUUACGUUUUUAUUGACAGUGUUUCGGGGAUUUGUCGUAUGUAUUUCACGAUUUUAUCGCAAAUUCAGUUAGAAAAUUAUUUUCUUUGUAUCAGUAAACACCGACGAGCCAAAUUGGGUUACUUCCUUGGUAUUUGUUGGUGCAACCGAAACUGUCUUAAUUGGGACGACAUUUUGAUUACCUUCCCAAAACAGUAAAUAUAGCCAAUGAUAUUCCUGGUUACGGAAGCCAAUCAAAACGCGCAAAAAUUACUGUCAACUGAUUUGGCAAAAUAAUAUUAAUACUAAUGGUGAUUAUCACGGGCAGCCCAUUUUCGUUCUCUCUUUGUGUACUACUGGCUGAAUUUACGUGUUUCGCUAGGAUGAUCAAUGUUGCACUGAAUGAUGUUUCUCUGUGCUUUGUUUUACGAUAAUCUUGAACAGAAUGAAGCGAGAUGGCAGAACUGUGACCAAGGUUCUCAUUAGAGACAUUGCUUUUACUAGAGGUGAGAAGUGGCCCGGAUUAGCGUUUACUGUCGUGUCACUGUCCCUCGUGCCUCAUUCAAAGGGCGGAAAAUUGACUUAUAAAUUCUUUUGAAACCAAUGUCUUCUUCGAAUGUAACUUACCGUCCUUGUUUUGUGUGUUUUUUAGAAAGCAAUAUGUUUUCAGCCAAUAUGGUGCGCCAGUACAGUUUCUUAAACAAAGUUAUGACUGAACUGGAAGCUGAUCCCACUCAGGUUUGUUUUCUUUGCCCUUUUCUGGUGACCGUGACUUUCGAGUAGUCUUUCUCUUCGGGUUCUCCAGCGCUAGCCUCCCACGCAGAAGUUCUUAGGGGUUCGUCACGCGUUCCUGCCCAAUGCAGAGGAGUCUUUUCGCUUCUGAUCGGGUGCUACGCGACGGAGCCUGGGAACUGCUAACAAACGUCUAAACAGAUAAUCGCUUAGUCGAGAUCUCAUAUCAGAAAUAGGUAGCCGCCCUGUGUAGAAAUGCAGAUUUGAUUAGACAGAAAUCGUGCCGAAAUCAUCAUGUAAACAGAAGCCCUAUCCAGUACAGUUUUCAUGGCGGCGCAAGAGCUCUCCGGUUCAGUGUGAACAUAGCGUUAGGUGCGAUGUUAUGUGAAUGAUCGGCGAGAAACGCGCCCUCGCUUUCUCGAGCGCUUCUUCCCUCCCCCCAACCUUUUCAAACAACUACUUCGCACAGGCUAGUGUAAUGAGGCUUUUGUUUGCGAGCAAGGUUUUGACGGGGGAGGGCGGGGAAAUAAUGGAAGGAGAGGAAGCUCCCCAGCCACUACGUGUAGUCCCCAUUUUCCCUCAGGGAUAGUAGAGCGAGCGAAGCGGGAGCGCGCGUGAAAGUCUCCCCACCGCGUCUCGCUUUUUCUCGCGUAGGGUGAUUUUCGCGCGCGCUCGCGUUUCGCUCGUUCUACUAUCCCUGAGGGAAAAUGGGGACUACUCGUAGUCUAAUGUCCUGGCCUCUCGUACAUGAAUGUAGAGCUUCUUGGCAAGCCAUUUUGCGUGAAAUACUUCAUAUUGCUGAUUGGUCAGUAAAAUUAAAGGUCUAUACUUUUUCUCUCAAUUUAUACCAGCGUGGGCUGUAAUUUAAUUUCAGGUCAUUGAGAGAGUCGAGAAGCUGCGUUCUCUCCUGACCCAGCCGUCAAACUUGAGAGUUCACGUGGCGGCGGAUGUGAAUAGAUUACCUGACAAUCCAAAUAUGCUCUGGAAAACCAAAUUACUGGCUGAUGCUUCAGUCCCAAUACCAACAAGGUAUGAAUUUAAGCACAUCAGUAUAUCCAGCCAUGUAAAUUUUGUCACUGGCUCCACUCAUAGUUAUUAGAGGAGACUGGUUAUGAAAAGCGGCAAACAUCAAUGAUAAAAUUAACAGUGCUGCAGUUUAUGUUGGAAGCACCCUGAAAGUGCACAAUCCUUUGUUUUCUGUUGGCAAAUUGUUACGGAAUAAAUGAAUGCAACGUUUUUAUUGGUCAAUACAAUCAAAAUGAUAGGAAUUCUUUUAAACGUUGUGCACUUUCAGGUCCACAAAAACAUAUAACAAAGGAGUCUGACGGGUUUCAUAACCAUUCCACUCAAUUAACUAUGCUCCACUGUUUUAAUUUUCAAAUUCUUCCGCCUCUAGCUUAUUUCAGGCUGUCAGAUAGUAGGGAUAACGCGUAGGUCAUAGGCACGCGGAAAUAUGUCAGCUUCGUAGACCCAACUAUCUCGGAACCUUGAACUGGCUGUUACGCCUCUUACGCACAUCCGGUAAAUAAGAUUUAUCCGAGAAGUCUCUCGAACUAAAAAACCUGAAACGUGACCAUUCAAAUGAAACUAGUUUAGCAGUACUUUGAUCACAUUCUGGUAAAAGUUUUCAGUUGGAUUCUUAAUCCUUUGGCAGAAAAGCUGAUAACAAGAUUUCAUUUGUUUUUUUUUUAUUAGUUGUUUUGUUAUGAGAGAACCGACCAACCCAAAUCACAUUUUAUUAACCUCCCAUUUUAUGUUCUUUUUAUCCUCUGGCCGACUGCUGUCAUGACUUUAACUGUAUUCGCUUUAAAUACCAGAGUACAUGUUUUUGUUAAUACAGCAUCUCUCCCGUGCGAAAAUCCAGUGCGUUUCUGGCCAAGAACCCUGUGCAUGGGAAAAUAGCAGGAAUUGGUUCAGUGGAGUCUUCAUUCCUCUUUCAAGUUACACAAUGUUUUGACCGCUUUGAUCACCCAGACCUUGGGCCUUUGAUGGUCUUUCUAGAAUGUCUAACCACACUUGAGGUAAGUUUCUCUUCCCUCUUACGUUACCUCUUUUCCAAUGACAUGUGGACGGAACAUCGCGCAAGGACAGGAGAAAAACCAGGUAAAUGAUAGAAGUACGGGUUGAGAAGGUGUGACGCGAAAAUCCACAGCUUUUGUCCAGUGUUUCAACAGCAAUUCAGGGGCGUAGUUAGGGGGGUCCUGGGGUGCCCGUGACCCCCCCCCCCCCCCCCCCCCGCAAAGGAAAGGAAAAAAACAGGGAAAAGAAAAGAGGAAGGGGUGGGAAGGGGGGGAGGGGAAAACCCAAGCCUUUUUCCCGUGUUUUAAACACAAAUUCAGGGGGGUGUUUGGGGGGGUCCGGGGGGCCCCGGGCCCCCCCCCCCCCCUUGGUAGGCCUUCACUUGAGCAAACAACCUACAAUAUUCAGGUGGCGAAAACGCCAUGACAAUAUCUUGGCCUUAAAAGCCAUUGUUGAAAAGCCCACUUUUUUAAAAUUUGUUUUUUUGUAAAGUGUUUUCGUCAACGGCUCUUGUCUUUAGGUAAUAUGGGCCUUCAUGCCGCGAUAAUACGACUGAGCCCGCUGAUACACUAGGGAGAGCAGCGGUAUAAACCAUCCCCCCCUUUGAAAAAUCCUGGCUACGCCCCUGCAAUUGACAAGCGUUUUAGCGCGAUGAUUUCAACGUACUUGGUGUACUAGUAUAAGGGCAGUAGUAUUCUACAUUCAUUCUGUAAAAUGAGUUAACAUGAGGGAAUAAGUAUGUCAGGGAAACAUGUUUUCUUUUCUCGUAAGUGAUCAAUUUUAAUUUUUCUGCAGGGUCCAAUAUGGCGUCAGGUUCGAGGUCUCGGUUUGUCAUAUGGCUAUGCGUAUGUAUUCCCAGUCGUUUGUUUAGCUGGAAGGCUCUUUACCUUUGAUUUUCUAGCUGAUCAAUGCUGACGUUUUUACGGUUAAAUUACAGGCAGCUCAAGCUCCGUAUGAGAGUUUAAUUUUUAAUACUUUUGGUCUCAUAUUGCUUGAUCCUCAAAAUGGCCGUGAACAUAAAGGAUUUGUAUAGGAAUUCUGGUAAAACUAUGAUUCAAGGAGAUAAAUACUCGCUGAGAUUUUCAAUAUACUCUAUCUUAUUUACUUUGUUUGUUCUUGCUUGCUGUGUGGUUUUUUCCCGAUCCGCUGCGAUUUAAGCGUCGAUAAGCGAUUUCUUUUACCGCCGAAAAACGAAUUCCUAGAAGUAAAAACUCGGGGGGUAAAAGAAAUCACUUAACGACGCUUAAAUCGCAUCGGAUCGGGAAAAUAACCACACAGCAAGCAAGAACAAACCAAGUAAAUAAAGUAGAGUGCACUUCAUUGAAAAUCCCAGCGAGUGUUUAUCUCCUUGAAUCUUUUACCUGAAUUCCAAUACAAUUUCUUUAUGUUCACGGCCACUUUGAGGAUCACGCAGUGGGAGACCACACGUAUUAAAGAUAAACUCUCAUACUGAGCUUGGGCUGACUGUGUUAUAACCUGUGUUAAGCGGACGCUCUCGUUAACGGGUGUCUGUUUAAUCUUUCUGAGGAAUUUCCUUUUGUCCUUUUGUAGAAUGCGCGUAAAUUUAGAGUGGGGACUUCUUUAUCUUGUUCUUACCAAGUCAACUCACCCGGUGAAGGCUUACAAGAAAACUCAGGAGAUUGUUGUGAGUACAACUGACUAUUCCAGAAAAUACCAUAACAUACCAUAAUACUCUUUGUUGGUCACUCCAAAAUUUUGUAUAAGCAUUGUUUUCAGUUUUUCUUGGGGCCAAGAGAAACUAAAGACAAUGCUCAUGGUAUGUUAUGGUACUUUCUGGAGUGGUCAAUACAGUGCCGGAUCCAGAGCUUGAGAUAGGGGGGUCGGUCAUCCAGACCCUGAGAUGAGGGGGAGGGCCAGUCUCCAAAGUUUUUUUUCGGCCCGUCGGGCAUCAGUACGGUCUGAAAAUAACCCCCCCCCCUCCCCCGGGCCCCUCCCCUGGAUCCACCACCUCAAUAAUAACAGGGCAAAUAACCAUGGCCAUGAGAAUUGUUUACGUAGAAUACUGUAAACUGCCGCUUGUAAGUUCACCCACUUUUAAGCCUUUCCCCCCACUUAUGUCCCCAUCUACUCAACAAAAGAGUACAUCCGAUACAGAAAUACAGACACGUGAUCCAUGCUGUUUUUAACCAACAUAUAAAAUAAUCAGUAUUACAGGAUAAGUAAAAGAAUACUCAAGAACAGGUUUUCAGUAAAAGAUCGACGAUCGAAUGAAACACUACGCAAGGUUAAAGCAGGUUUCUAGAUGUUUCCGACGCGUACUUUUCAUUAGUCUGAAAUGUCAUAAGUCUCCUUACCCAACCCCACUCCCUCCCCCUACGGGUUUGGCAUUCCAGUCAAUGACUCCUGGGAAUUCUUAGUAGUGGUAUGCCGCCCGGUUCUCAAAAUCUUGACCCUGUUUCAGACCAAUGUUGUUAUAAUAUUACUUGUCGUGUUGUUACCAGGAUGGAUAUUUGUCUGGUGCAAUGUCGUUUGACGCUGGUGAACUGGAAUCUGCCAUCAGCAGUGUGAUAUUUGAGAUCAUCGAACGAGAGAAGAGCGUUUCGUCAGCGGCCUCCGAGGUGAUUCAGAUUAGUCUGGUUUUUCCCUAUCUUUAGACCUUUCACUGGCAAAGGUGGCCAAAGUUAAGCUUACACAAGGUUUACCAUGUAAAAUUACUGCUGAAAAUUCUAGCGAGUAUCUAUCUUCUUGAACCUUUUACCUGAAUUCCCACACAAAUCCAUUUUAGGGAUUACGCAAUAUGAAGCCACUUGUAUUAAUGAUAAAACUCUCAUACUGAGCUUGGGCCGCCUGUGGUCGACAGUGCGGUUUUAUAAUCCACUCUUCUCUGAUUAGAAGUUUUACAUUGACUAUUUUUCUGAUUCUCGAAAAUGAAACAAGAGAAGCGGUUGUUUUUCAUGGGGCGUUACACACACACACAAAAUAGGCAGUGAGUACCUCCGCGAUGUGUUUUGAGCCUUACUUUUUUUUUGCACAGCGAAGUGUUUUAUCGGUCGUUGUUAGGUAACUCGUUGUACCCCUUAUGUGUACUACACUUCGCAAUGCAACAUAAGGCGUUUCAUUGUGUUAAGGUGGAUUUCCACUGUCGCGUAAUUUUUACGGGGGUACGCCCGAAAAUUUUACGCUCGUAAAUGAAAUAGAGGCAAUGUAUGAAAGGCCACGCGUAAACGGCCGAAAUAAGAAAUACUGUUUGCGAAUUUGCCAUUCCUUUAACUCUUAGCUUACUUAUAUGAAACGUUUUUUCGUUUCAGAGUUUGCUGUCACAGUUUAGAGGUGUAGCCCCCAACUAUAACAGGUACGUGUACUGUCUUUCAUCCCCGUUUCUCCUCCAUAUACAAGCAAGCCUUUGUCAGACGCGUCAGACGAGAAAGAGAGGGGGGCAAAAAAAGCGCGAAAGAUAAAAUAGAGAGGGGACGCUUGUCGCAGAGAGCGGCAGAAAUCGGGCCUACUAAACAUAAGGUCUUGGAAAACUUGAAAAAGUCAUGGAAAUAUUCAUGGAAAGUCAAGAAUUCGAGGACCUCAAAAGAGUACGAACCCUGUUUUAUCGUUGUCUUCUAGAUCCUUGCUAGCUAAAGUCUCCCAGGUGACCCUUGCUGACCUGAUCAGGGUAGGACGGACGUAUGUUGCUCCUCUGUUUGACCCGACUCAGUCCUCUGUUGCCAUCUGUUGUCAUCCAUCAAAAGUGGAAGAGAUAAAGGAGGAGUUUAAAAGGUACGAAAAUCUUACUUUCCUUUCAUUGUAGUCUGAAGUGUCGUACGCCUCCACCCCCUAACUAUGACAUUUUAGACUACUUUCAUUCCAAAAAAGUACCUCAUUUUCUUGAAUAAGCGUCUUUUCUGUUCCUCAACAUUAACGAUAUCACAGUAAACGUUUAUUCCUUUUUUUCCCAUUGUUUCGUAAGCUUUAUUUACGGUGGCUUCGAUAUAGAAGAACAGUUUGUUUCCCCGCUACAUUCGUUGCAGUUUUCACUAUAGCCAUGUGUGUGCCUGCAAUUUUCGUUUUUGGCCAUUGUCUAUUGCAUUUUUGGCGUUUACCGCGAACUUUUUACAUACCUAACACAUCACAGGAUCAACUACCCUACAAUAUCUUCUUUAUUUUGAUGAAGUGCCCCCUUCUUUAAAUAAGCCUCGUCCCCCCUUCCUCUCCUCCUUUGGCAGAGAUUUAAGAUACUUUUUUUUUUUAAUCAGGGAAAGUACGUUAAGCAAUGUCGCAAAAGUAAGGGCGGUAUUAACCAGGGGUAUUUAUCGCUGAUAUGGAAAAUCCGGAAAUUCCGGCUGGAAAAUCAUACAGUUGGUUUGCACCAUUUCAUUUGGGAAGCUUCAAAAAGCAGUAGUGUUCAGAAAGUAUGGGCUGUAAUUUCAGGCGCUUCAAUUUUCCCCUUCUUUUUAGUCUUUUCAGCGGGUUUACUUUGUAGCGGAUCGUUCUCCCACUACGUCAAAUUUUAUAGUUUUGUGUUUAUGCAAGAGAAUUCCACCCGGGUGGUUUGUGUAAAUAGUUUGCAUACCGGGAAACCUGGUGUAAAAAGCCGGUCGCAGAAGACGAAGAAGUUGCACCGAAAUUGUUAAAUUUGUCCUAACUGCGUAUAAAAUGAGUUCUUGAUUGUUAUGUGGCCAGCCAUUCCUAUGCCAGCUCGUGUAAAGUCACAAGGCAGUGCCAUUCUAACACAUUUGUUCAUCCAUCAGCGUCUCGCAACGUCUACUUGUACAGUUUUGUAUCUAGAACUUUGAAGGUCUUGAAGCUACCACACUGACCGCUUUUAAACUUGCGGUUUCAGUGAUUGAUUUUUCCUCGCAGAGGAGCCUGGUUUCAGCCUACAAUAGCUGUGACUAUAGUAGAGUGCUUACCAGUUUACGUGUAUGGGCAACCUUUGUGGAUUAAAGUUAUAGAUGAAAACAUAUUUUUGAUCUUCAUUUUCAGUAUGAACAAGCUGCUCAGUGUGGUUAAGUCGCUAGAUGAAGAAUUUACAGGGGCCAUUUGAACGUGUUACUGAUAUUUAUCACACAACACGCA